AUAUAAGUGAAGGCUAUUACAAUGAAUUAACUUUUAGCUCAUUUUAUCAUCAGAAACUACGAUGGAACGAUCACAUGAACUUUGUACAACGACUGGGCAAGCGAUAUUUUCUACAUAUAACUUCAUUCCAUCUGCUUUUUCACAGAACUCUUGCACAAAAGAAGCUUAGGAAUGGUUGCCUUGCAAUACGUAAUAUGUUUACUCUCAAUUCUACAUGUGACAGUAAGGGUAUCAGGUAAAUGUUCUAUACCUGACUAUUUCCAUGGAGAGUGGUACAGUCGGGGGAGAUGGGGAGAUGACGUCAUAACAAAGAUAACUGCCGAUAAAUGGGACAGCAAUGAGGACGAAACAGAGUUAAAUUGUGAGGAUUUGUUCAUCCACCCCAACCCAGGGCUUCAGCAGGCUGGCAACAAUGUCACGAUGUUUAUGGUCAGCAGUGGCGGUUCGGGAAGCUGUUAUUUUUGUGUAGAUGUUUUAUGGAGAACAAGCAACAUUUUGCAAUACCGGAAAGGUGAUUGUAUACCUGCUUAUGUAGGGUAUGGUAUUUCUCUGAACAUCUCCUGUAAAGCUAUGAAUCCCUUGUAUGGCCUUCCACUCACUGCAGACACCGUCACUAUGUUUAGACAAAUUCCACGACCAGUUAACUGCCAAACUAUGUUUAAAGGAUUGUACCAGUUUACAUAUGAGAUGGAUCAAGGAGGCGGAGGUAUCUGUGACAACCCCGAUAAUCAAAUCAAAGCUUGUCAAGAUCCAGGAUCCCGAUACGUAGACAACGAAGUCUUCUCAAUGACGUAUGCCAGCUGUCCCAAUGUACUCGCAUCAAAAGAUAAAAAUUUGAGAUACCAGUGUAUGGGAACAUGGGAUGCCGAACAGCAUGGUAUGGUAUUCACGUUUGCUGCCGUUGUAGACAUUCUGGAGACGGAACCCAGAGUUCGAUACCAGUGUUUGAUGACAUCAAAAUCCCAGAAAGGAGAAGAAAAGCGAUGGGUGAUGUCACGUUUUGCUGAAUGUUCAAGUUUGAAUAGUAUUUACAGUGCACCAGUCAGAUUAGUAUUAAGAAGCACUGUUCCUACCACUGGGCACAUGAUCUCUCGCUGUAACAUGCCAAAAGAUCUUGCAGGAGAAUGGGAAACCAAGGGGUCAGGGUUCAAAUUUGAUGUAGUCAUAAAUGAAACAAAUAUCCGUUUCCAAACUGAACCUAACGCAAUCGAGUUCUUGGAUUCAAUAUUCGCUUGUCAGAAAAAAUCUGGUACCAGGUACCUAAUGACACGAGUUAUGGCUGGAGAAUGUGAAGACGUCUAUGUAUGCAUGGAUAUCGUGCCACAAACUAACAACACCCUCAGAUACAGAAUAGGUAAACCAGAGCCAAUUCCGUUGGAUGUUCCCCGGGGAGAAUUAGAUAUUACCAGAAUGUUUAGGAUUGCUUGUCAUUGGUUCGAUCGUGUAGGUAUAAAGGGAAAUCAGGGUUAUGAAAUCCUUAGUCGUAAAGUAAAUAUCAAUUGAUAUUUACCAAAGAAAGGAUUAUCAUAUUUUGAAGCACUACAGAAUGUGCUCAGUGUCCAAUAUAAGUAUGGA